AUGGUUGGAUUUGCUGCUGCUGCCUAUUCUGAUAAUCCUUAUCUUUGUACAAAUAAUUUAAAAACAAAUUUUACAAAACAAAUAACAAUUGGUUGUGAUUUCUUAAAUGAUGAUACAUGUUCAGCUUUUAUUGCUGUCGACACAAAAGACAAGGCAAUUAUUAUAUCACAUCGAGGAUCAAUUAGUGGUGUUCAAAUUGGAAUGGAAGUCAUUGAAACACUUUUUGAUAAAAAAGAAUCAUUUCCAUCUGGUGGUGGUGUUUCAAGAUAUUUUUAUGAUGCUUGGAGUUUAGUAUGGAAUGGUGGUUUAAGAGAUGCAUUUUUAACUGCUAAAAAUAAAUAUGCUGACUAUGAUGUAUGGGUAACUGGACAUUCUUUAGGUGGUGCAAUGGCUUCAUUAACUGCAGCAAAUAUUGGAUAUCAAAAAUAUGUUUUAAAAGAAAAAUUAAAAAUUAUAACUUUUGGUGAACCAAGAGUUGGUGAUGUUGAGUAUGCUAAAGGAUUUGAUAAUGUUGUAGGAUAUUCAUAUAGAGUUAUUCAUCAUAGAGAUCCUGUUCCACAUUUACCACUUAGAAAUAUGUUUAAUUAUCAACAUACUAAAGAAGAGAUAUUUUAUGAUAAUGAUAUGAGCCCAGGAAGUUCCUAUAAAAAUUGUUCUAUUAAAGAUGAUGAAAAAUCUUGUAGUAACAAAUAUCUUAAUUUUGAUGUUUCUGAUCACAGUCAUUAUUUUAAAAAUAUUGGAAGUAUUUUAAAUGCAAAUUGUUCAAAUCUUUAUCCUUAA